CCUCGCCGCGGCGCUGCCAGGGCUCGCCCGGACCAUGCGCGGCCGCGAGCUCCCGCUCGUCCUGCUAGCGCUGGUCCUCUGCCAGGCGUCCCGAGGACCCGCGGCCCCGGCGCCCGCUAGCGGAGGGACGGUGCUGGCCAAGAUGUACCCGCGCGGCAACCACUGGGCGGUGGGGCACUUGAUGGGGAAAAAGAGCACAGGAGAGUUCCCGUCUGCUUAUGAGGGAGGAAGCCUGAAGCAGCAGCUGACAGAAUAUGUUCAGUGGGAAGACGCUGCAAGGAAUUUGCUGGAUCUCAUAGAAGCCAAGAGGAACAGAAGCCCUCGGCCACCUCAGCUCCUGGGCAAUCCCCAACCUAUUUGGAAUUCAGAGAAGAGCAGCAACUUUAAAAAUGUAGGUUCAAAAUGCAGAGUUGGUAGACUCUCUGCUCCAGGUUCUCGGUGUGAAGAAAGGAACCCCCAGCUGAAUGGGCAAGGACAGUGACAGCCUCUCUCAAAGGAGCGAAAACUAAACCCUUUAGAGACUGAGUUCUACGAGCACCGAUUCGGCUGGAUCAUCGGCAAGAUCUCCUGUGUGUAAAAUACUUAACCGUCGUAUCUUUUCACCCUUGACUAAAUUCAUGAUUUUCAAGCAACAUCUUCUGGUUUGAAUGUGUUUGCUGUGAAGAAUGGUCCCCAAAGAGUCUUCCAAUGAAUGCUUUUCACCCAGGCUAUUCAUUGAUCAGAUUCAAGGGCCCAGUAUUUUACAAGUCACGAUAAAAUCUGAAAUAUAUUGUUUAAGCAUUCAUAAUAAAACCUUAAGCACAUUGUCCAAAAGGCAUGC